UGACAUGGAGGAGUGAGGAUAAUCGAUUAGCCCCGUGCUCCUGGAAGAGGACAACCCACUGAUGUAUGAACAUAAAGACCCACCUCGGAGGCAGCAGUCAGCGGGAGCCGGAGGAGGAACAAGCGCCCAAACCGGGAGCAGAAGCACGUCGGUGAGUUCCGUAUCAGACUCGAUGGGGGCAGCGAUGGGACCCGCGCUGCACUGGCUGCACGAUGUGGCGGCAGUGACUCUCCUCAAAGCCCGGAGGACUCUGUUUCAAGCCGCCAUCCUGUUCUGCGUCCUGGGUCUGCUGCUCUGGGUGUCCAUCUUCCUCUACGGGAGUUUCUACUACUCCUACAUGCCCACCGUGAGCUUCUCCACCCCCGUGCACUUCAGCUACUCCUCGGAUUGUGAAGCCUCGGGGCCAAGGCUCUGCUCGUUCCCCAUGGCCAACAUCUCCUUCACGAAGAACAACAAGGCCCCGGUGAUGGCGUAUGGCCAGCCUUACAGAGUGUCUCUGGAGCUGGAGAUGCCCGAGUCUCCGGUGAAUGAGCAGUUGGGGAUGUUCAUGGUCCGGAUGUCUGGCUAUACCAAGAGUGGGAGCGUUGUCUCCUCAGUGAUGAGAUCUACGAUGCUGCAUUACCGCUCCAGCCUGCUGCAGACCCUGAGCACUCUCCUCUUCUCACCCUUACUCCUGGCCGGGAUGGCCGAACAGAAGCAGCUCAUAGAAGUGGAGCUCUACUCGGACUACGUGACCAAUGCCAAUCAACCCACUGCAGGUGCCAUCAUCGAGCUCCACUCCAGACAAGUGCAGAUCUACUCGUCUCAGCUCCGGAUCCAUGCCUACUUCACUGGCAUACGUUACAUUCUAUACAACUUCCCCCUGACAUCUGCAGUCAUCGGUGUGGCCUCCAACUUUGCCUUCCUCAGUGUCAUCGUGCUCUUCAGCUAUUUGCAGUUCAUAUGGGGGGGGAUCUGGCCUCCAGACCAAGUGAGGGUCCGGGUGAUGAUUGGAGACAACACCCGCAUCCAGCAGAGGAGAGAGGAGGCCCGGAAACGCAUGGAUCGGGAAAACUCGAAUAAAGAACUUGAUGUUCCUAAAGUGAUUGGUCCUGUGAAUGAAGCGUCUGACUUCCAGGGAACUGACACAGCAGCGGUGGAGCCGUCAAAGAAGGACUCAGUUAUCCCAGAUGCCUGCGGGCCUGAUGCGCCUGAUACCAAGGAAAAAGGGUCUCAUGACUCUGAGGGGCCCGAUGAGAAAGACGUGUCAGGUGGAUGCCCGCUGCCUGAGCCACAGAACGAGACAACACUCCGACAAAGACCUGGACCCUGGAUGAGCCUGUGAAUCAUGCAUUGCACACAACUACAGUACAGUAGAGUAUGAUCAUAUGCUAAAUAAUGUCCCAUCACUCUUCAGCAGAUAAGUUAUUUGGCAGAACUACUGAUAUACCUCCUGUUACAGUUGGCACAAAUACAGAUGCAUGAGAACAUAUAUUACCUGUGUCAUUUAAGCUUACAAACUGCAGUUUAUUGCCUUGUCUUAAAAAAGUAAACCUCAUUGUAAGUUAGACCUCUGCUAAUGCAUUUCUGCUAAUUGUCUUCAGAGGAGACAGACUGUCCUAAACAGCAUGUUACAGUCGUCUCAUGUUUGUGUUUUGGGUGUGUCCGUAGCAUGAGGUGCUACAUUCCAGCUCCAUCUUGUCCAACGUUGUAGCAGGAAUUACUUGAUUCAUUUUUAAGUCUGAUGAACCUGCUUAUUUUUCUGGUAAGUUGGCAUUUUCCCGCUCAGCCAAAAAUAAGGGUCGUACACAUUCUGACAAUCCUCCCAUAAAAAAAGUGGGAAAGUAUCUCUCUCAGUUACUGAUUCCAUGUCGCUGCUGCGCACUGGAAGUAAAAUUUUAAACAUGAAAUUCGACAUCCAGAACUUAACACCCGUUUGGAGGAGAAACAUACACAUGCCUCGUGAUGUUUUCUUUUUCAGAGACUCUUUCAGACUGAUUAGAUUUGGAAAAUUUGCCGAGAAAAAAGUUCCUUUGUUUUCAAAAACCUUCUAGGAACAUGCAAAUGUUUCAGCCUGACAGAUACAAUGAAUGUGUUUGUAUGUUUUCUUAUUUUUCAUCACACAAAUAGAGAUGUUCUGUCACGGUUAAAGGCCGUUUUCUCUGCCGUGACAGAUGGAAUUAACGCUUUUACAAAGUUGGUCUUCAUUCCAUCUGAUCUAUGUGUUCUGCGGGGUCAGGGUUACGCAGUGUUAGACUGUUACAGUAGUCUAUACUCUGCAGUUAUAUGUUGUAAGAAAGUGGUAUUUAUUGUGUUUUCAUCAAAGAACCAAACAUUUUAAAUGGAUCUUUUAAGAAAUAGAAGUUUGUUAAUGGGUCUGUUGAUUGAUCAUUUAUGAACAUGAAGGAGAAUUGAAACGACUGUUGUUCGAAUUGUGUCGUUUUAGGAGUUUGUAGCAAAGAUAUUAUUAUGAAGCACUUAUCACUUGUUCAUCUUGGCUUCCUGUUUUUCAGAAUAUUCUGCUCAGUGCCUCUGGUGUUACAUGAGUCUGUGUUAUUUAUGCACUGAUACUAAAUUAAACAAAUAAACUUUUAC